GCUGAGGGUAUAUAAAGCCGCGCGGCCAUUUCCUCGGUUACGUGUUCAGCAGCUCUGCCUCGCGCUCACAGCUUACCAGCAGCAGCUCGCGCUCUCUCUCACCGUCUCUUUCUCUCUGCCCGCGCGGCCUCCACAGCUCUGCUGCCGUCCCCACCGAGGAUACCCCAUCCUAUCGUAUGUCAGCUAUCCAGAACCUCCAACACUUCGGUGAGUCUCCCCCCACAUCAUCACACACACUCACACUCAGCCCUCACAGAGCCCAGGGGAUCACUGCGAGCCGUGUCAGCCGCCAUUUUACACCUCACACCCGGGUUCCUGUCAGGAAUGGCUCCGGGGGGGUGGGGGGCGGACGGUUAAUGUUACUGGGGCGGUGGGAGCUCGUUAUACCGUGUUAUGUUACUAUGUAUUAGUCCGGUGAUCUGACCUCACUGGGAGGCGGAGUACUGCGUGAGGUAACGGCGGACUUAGAGGCGAUAAAAUGGCGGCGCCGUCUUCCUUUCUGUUUUGAACCCGUUACGACGUAGUUUCCGUGACGUCAGACGCAAAGGGCGUGCCUUCGCUGUAUAGCCACGCCCUCCAGCGUGACGCACUGGGUGGGUCCCCCCCCUAAUUUUUACAAUUUCGCUAAUGUAACCUGAUGACUCAGUGGUAUUGAUCGAACUACAACUCCCGUGAUGCUCCGCCACUAAGGAUUGCUUAAUCCCUCUAUGGGAUAUGUAGUUCUAUUGCAGAGAUCUUGUGUUAGCAUUCUAGAUCUGGCUAGAUGAACUUACAGCUUGAGAGGGAGGGGACUGCUAUUUGUAGGCCAGUUAUAGGAGAUUUUUAUGGCUUUAGUUAAAUUAAAAUGCCAUUUGCUUCAUGGAUGAAUCAGGCUCGCGUCUUGCAUUGCAGGACAGGGACACUGUAUCCAGGUCACCUCUCUGAGGUCUGGGUGACACUCAUCAUCAUUUUUGUAUGUAAAUGUAACCAAACACCUUGGGGGAAAAUGUCACAUACUGCAUUGUAUCUGUAACUGAUGUGUUCAGGAAUACAUUUAUUUAUUUUUUGGUCUUGCAGCAAUUAACAUGCAAUUUAUUUUAUUUAUUUCAGACCCCUUUGCUGAUGCAAGUAAGGGUGAUGACUGGCUCCCAGCUGGGACAGAGGAUUCUAUCCAUAUAAGGAUUCAGCAAAGGAACGGCAGGAAGACCCUUACAACUGUCCAGGGGAUAUCUGAUGACUACGACAAGAAAAAACUAGUUAAAGCUUUCAAAAAGGUAAAAAAUAUAUAAUUUUCUGUAUGACAAGGUUAACCCCAUAAGGACACAUGACAUGUCAUGAUUCCCUUUUUAUUCCAGAAGUUUGGUCCUUAAGGGGUUAAAGGAGCACUGUAGUGAUUCUGGUGCCAGGAGUACACUGUCCCUCCAUGUGAGUGUUCCUAUAAAAUUGGAUGCCCAUAACAUACUUUUGAUCUUCUAAUUCUCGUUACAGAAAUUCGCUUGCAAUGGUACUGUGGUUGAGCAUCCAGAAUACGGAGAGGUGAUCCAGCUUCAGGGAGACCAACGCAAGAAUGCCUGUCAGUUCCUUGUGGAGGUACAUAAUGGCUUUCUUGUUACAACUCCUAAAAUGCAUACGUGUGGUGUUGUGAAAUUUAUCUCAAAUUUAUAUUUUUUUAUUUUUUUUUUCAGGUUGGACUUGCCAAGGACGACCAGCUGAAGGUCCAUGGGUUUUAAGCAGCAAAACAUGUCGUCUGCAUCUAAAGUUAAAGAACCUCCUCUGGCAAUGCAUAGAAAACAAACUCCUCCCUUGUCACAAGUUUAAAACUUGACUUGUGAAAUGCUGCCACAUUAAGGACUGUAAUAAACUUUGUUAACUCUCUAUACUGUCUCGGGGACAAGUCCAUGUUUUAACAAAGGGUGUUUUUUGUGUGUGUUUUUUUUUUUUUUUUUUUUUAUAUGGCAUGAAUAUGUCUAGAUGUCAGUCUGUCUGUGUAGUUACAGGUCCCAUGGUGCUAUGGCCUAGGUGGGCCAGGGUUUAUAACUAUACAAAAUGUGACUUGUACAUGCAUCAUAGUGGUGAGGUAAGUUGACCUCUAACCAAGCCUAAAGAUGGGACAAAUCUUUGCUGUAUAGUGGGUCACACUAUGUUGACAGUGGGUGUAAAGUCUGUCAGCCUAUUUGUCAGAGCAUCAGAAGAUGCAUCAAAGGACAGUUUGUGGGUAAACUUAUGACAAGGGAAACAAUUUAUUUUGGACUAAUGUAGAAGCAAAGCUGACAUACUUUUGUAUACUGGCUAGAAACAUGCUUUUGAGUUUCCAUUUUAAAGCUGUACAUGUAUUUAACAUUUUAUUUAAAUAAAACUUUUCAAUGAAGUCUUUUAAAGUCUCUUUCUGCUGAAUGUGGCAAUUCCCUUACAUGUCUGGAAUAAA